AACUAUGGCGUACCGUCCAUUGCCAUACACACGGAGAACACAGACCGUGUCUGAAGUACUGCGCCUCAAUAGUCAUGACUUGGAUCGUAUCAGGACGAACUACACGUACAGCAGCAAGACGAGGGAGGAAACCGCUCACGCCAUCUCCAGGUUCCCGACUCUUGAAGCAGCUGUGGGAGAAGGUCUGGCGGAAGCCGGCCACAUCGGGUCUACUGUCCGCCUUUGCUUGGAGGGUGCUGUACCUAUCAGGCAUAACGGCAAGCAUUACGGGAUCCCGAUGGUGUUUGUCCUCCCACGGAAGUUUCCGCACGACCCUCCCACCUGUCUGGUCCGGCCGGCGUGUACCGACACGGGCACGGCACCCAUCCGGGAGAGCCAGGUGUGUCUGUGUGUGGAGACCAGCGGGAAGAUUACCUUCCCAUACCUGGAGGACUGGAACUACCGCACGUCCAACCUGACUACCCUGAUAGAGAUUAUUACAGCACAUUUCGGAGAACGUCCGCCAGUUACUGACGAAGUGCUCGCCAGUCUGGAGGUCAAGAAAGGAAGUUCCCCAGCAGGUCUGCCGUCCCCACAGCCACUCAGAAGGACCAGAUAUACCUCUCUUCCUUCGGGCCUCUACGGGAUUGGCGACAUAUUCGAAGAGCCUGCAGAGGAGGCGAGCAAAAAGACAAAGGAGGACGAAGAGAACAAAACAACGGUUGAAGAAAAGGCAACAAAAGUGGAAACGACUGAAGUCUUUGUGCACGUGGUUUGUGAAACCGGGCAAGGCCUGGGAGCAACACAGAAACCAGACGAGAACAGACAGUCAAAGACAGAGGAAAACGUAGACGCGUCAACCAGAGAUGACAAGAUGACGAACGAUGAGAGAACAGAUGACAACAAGGAUCAGAAUGUUCCCAAAACAGCCGAUGAAAAGGAAGAGAAAACAAGUGAAGAUGUCACAGCACCUCUCCUCACCAAAGUAGAAGUCCAGACAACAAGGCAAAAUAGGAAAGAUUUCGAAACACCGAAAGGCAAAAACGGCUCGAAGGAAGUGAAGUCAGAAAAACGGAGAAAGCGAGAAGCAAACAUGCAUGCUAGUUUCCGUGAUGAAGACGACAUGGAGGAGGAAUCCACAGGCUGUUUCCCACGAAAAAGUUCCGCACGGCGGCUGAAGAGCACAUCGCCACCUAAGCACGGUCCAACAGAAAGUGGUACGAGGGUCAGUCAUAAGGAUCUGAAAAAGCUUUCCCGGAACUUGGGAGAUGAGUGGCAACAACUAGCCAUCAGCCUGGGUUCCACCCCAGCCGACGUGCACAGGUACAGGGACAAGCACAACAGACAGCGGAAACAGGUCUUCUGUAUGCUGGACGACUGGAGAGACAGGGCCGGGGACAGAGCAACUAGAGAAAAUCUUUGCAAUGUUUUGAAAAAGCUAAAUGUUGAAGUUGAUAAGUAUGCCUUUCUUAUGUAAGAGACGCAUCAUGUUUGUCUUGUGUUGUGUAUCAGAUAUUGUAGAUUAUACUCUCUUAAAAAAAGUUUUUUUUAAUUUUUUCUGCACCAUUGUCGCAUGAAAGUACCAAUAGUAUUGUAAUGAAAUCCACAAUUCAGCAAAAUGGCUGCGAGUGAUUUUAACCUGAAUAAACCAUUCCUCCAUUCAUUCAUGAAAAUAAAAUACACCAUAAUUGCAGUUCUGUGUAUUUUGAAGGCAUUUGAAGUACUAGUAACUUUCUGUCGAUAAGGACAAAAUAAUAUGGGAAGGAAAGGGAAAGGAUGUU